AUGAAGAUUUUAUCCACGAUUGUAGCUGCUGGAUUUAUCUCGUCACAAGUUGACGCUUCGCCAGUAUCCAAAGGCACACAACUUUGGAGAAGAUUCAUAGCCUCUAAUGUUGAUGAUACCCCUUCAUAUGUUCAAGAAUUGAACAGUUCAACAUACGUUUACCCACAAGUGGAGACUACAGAAUUCUUUCCAAUGGAAACAUGCAACGGGAUCACUCUAGAGGACGCGACAAUCGAUCAACUCCAGGAUUACUUUUCGCAAGGAAAGCUUACGUCAGAAGACGUCGUUAGAUGCUAUUUGGAUAGGCACAUGCAGGUUAAUCCGUAUGUAAAUUCCAUUCUGCAAGUCAAUCCAGAUGCAGUUAAGAUUGCCAGAGACAUGGAUUUAGAAAGACAAGCUGGAAUCGUCAGAGGCCCUCUUCAUGGAAUACCAUUCGUCGUCAAGGACAACUAUGCCACCAAAGACAAAAUGGACACAACUUGUGGCUCUUAUGCUCUAUUGGGUUCGAUAGUUCCUCGCGAUGCACAUGUUGUCAAGAAAUUACGUGAUGCAGGUGCAGUCCUCUUUGGACACUCUACUUUGAGUGAAUGGGCAGACAUGAGAACUAAUGAUUACUCUGAGGGUUACUCGGCUAGAGGGGGUCAAUCCCGCUCGCCUUUCAAUUUAACUGUUAAUGCGGGAGGAAGUUCCACUGGUAGUGCGGGUGCUGUUGCUGCUAACAUGAUUAUGUUUGCCUUAGGAACUGAAACUGAUGGUAGUAUUAUUGAUCCAGCAAUGCGGAAUGGUAUUGUUGGAUUCAAGCCAACAGUGGGUUUAACAUCGAGAGCAGGAGUUAUUCCAGAAUCAGAACAUCAAGAUAGUACAGGUCCGAUGGCGAGAACCGUGCGAGACGCUGUGUACGCUUUCCAAUACAUGUGGGGUAUUGAUGAUCGUGAUGUAUACACUUACAAUCAAACCGGUAAAACUCCAGAGGACAACGAUUAUUUGAAGUAUUUGACUGACAAGCAAGCACUAAAGGGCGCUAAAUUCGGUCUUCCCUGGGAAAAACUCUGGUCUCUGACUAACUCAGCACAACUUCCAAGAUUACUGGAGGUAAUUGAAAUGAUUGAGGCAGCCGGUGCUACGGUUUAUAACAACACGAAUUUCGCGAACUUGGAUGUGAUUUCCUCGCAAGGUUGGGACUGGCAGAUGGGAAAUGUAAAUGAGAGUGAGUUUACCGUCGUUAAGGUUGACUUCUAUAAUAACAUUAAAACGUAUCUGAGUGAGGUAAGCAAUACUAAUAUCAAAUCGCUCGAGGAUAUUGUCGAAUACAACUAUCAAUACGCAGGUUCAGAAGGUGGGUACCCAGAUGUCCAUCCCGCAUUCGCAUCUGGCCAAGAUGCUUUCCUCGAUUCGCUAGCCUGGGGAGGAGUCAAGAACGAAACUUACUGGCAAGCAGUAGAAUAUGUUGCGAGAACUUCAAGAGAUGAAGGAAUAGACUCGGCUUUGAAUUACACAGACCCUACAACGGGUGAAAAUAUCCAGUUGGAUGGACUUCUUGUUCCAAGUGGGCUAUCGAUUACCUAUCAACAGGCUGCGAAAGCCGGCUAUCCAAUGAUCACUCUUCCAGUUGGUGUAUUGGGCAAUGGGAGACCUUUUGGCUUGGGCAUAAUGCAAUCCGCAUGGCAGGAACCUCAACUUAUUAAGUACGGUUCUGCCAUUGAAGAUUUGUUGAAUUACAAGGCCAAACCUCAAUUCCUAGAUUACCUAGGUAAAAAUAUCCCUGUUUGGUGA